CUGAAAUUUUAACUCAAUGGUCUUAAUUUAGAAAAUAAGCUACAAAGCAUCAAAGAUUCCAUAUAGAACGAUCUACUGGAAGGAUACAGCUCCUGACCAUAAGUUCAAAGCGAGCAUGCCGAAUACGAAGGGUUUCGCAAAAAAGAGCAAGGUUACACAAGGCGGGGUAGGUUUGUCGAGAAUCCUAUCGCGACAACAUAUCGAAAAUACGUCCUAUGAAAUAUCCUUCUCACAAAGCAGAAUGUGGGGAAGCAAUGUCACCAGAGAACAUAUACUGCAGAAGAUUACCCUUCUCGCUAUGCUAGGUGGGGUACGGGAAGGCACCAAGGAGCAUGAAUUAAUCCCCCGACCUGGGAGAGCAUCAUGCCUGACUAUUGAACAAGAGGGAGAGAUCGUGAGCAAUUUAGCAUUCCUGGCCUCUCGCCGCAAGAAUUCCAAAGCGGUAGUCGCAAUUGCCAUUGAGGAGGAUGAAGACGGUCAAGGAAUGACCAUUCGCAUAGCUGUCAAUGGUGACAGUGUCGUGCACCUCAAAGAAGGAUUAGUUCAGAUCAGCGAGACACUAGAGCAAGUUUCAAGACUUGAGCAAUCGGAAAUACAUGAUAUAGAAAGCCUUUUUCGACGAGUCGUCAUACUAGACUUCUUCCGUAUUUGUACACGAUUGCGGUUGGGUAGGAAACACCAAAUUGAAGCAUCCCCCAUCACGCUGCUACACCAAACUCUCUACGACAGUUCUAUAACCGAAAUUGAAGAGCUCAGGAUGAUAGCGCUACGGGAAAAGGUCACAGCUCUAGUUGAAGCUUACCGAAGAUUAAAACAGACACCACAACCUCUCGACAAACCUACGGCAUACGAAAUGAUAGAGGAAGUAACGAGACUGGCUCACAGCUUGAAUCAGUCCUCCGGAUUCUCAGCCGCUCUGAAUAAGUCCUCGAAAUUUAGCUCGUCGAAAUUGGCUUCUCUCGGAGAUUCCGUGGCCAAGCUUGGGCAAUAUUACAAGGCGGCCUCAGAACUUGUGCUAGCAGCAAGAAGAAAAAGAUGUCGAAUAUUUCGAAAGAUCCGAGUUGAGAGUUUUCAAAUCUGUGUUCCAGAAAAUGUCAGGGUACCAUCUAAACCCGAGUCCGCCCUUCCCCUGGUCGACCAUUUACUCCAAUCACACAAAACUUCAAAAUUAUUACACCGAUUCCCAGGCUCGAAAUCUGCAGUCGACGCCGCGCUGACUAAUCGCUUGAAUGGUGAGAGAGCUGGCAUCAAACUUCACGCCGAAAUCAAGCUGCUUUUUUACUAUGAAUCACGUCCUGCACACGUAAGACCGAGGGUAAUAUGUACCAACAAGAGCGCCUGCUACUUAUGCGACCUCUUUUUCAGGAUCCACGGCCAAUUCCAGCUACCAAGAACAUUUGGAAAGAUGAACGAGAGAUGGAUUUUGCCUGAUUGGCUACAUGUUCCCCCAAGUCAGAUUCCGGCCUUGAAGAAUGUGGUUGAGCAGUUCAGUACGGCCCUAGACUCUCAAAUUAGACUCGCCUCAAAGAAUAUGAAACGUCAGCCUGAUCCGAUCGAGAGUUCUGUUGGUAUAUCCGCGCAUUGGUCCUGCUCUACUGUCGACAAGGCAACUUGGUCUCAGCCAAUCCCCAGCCCAAAUAUGACUGCCACUGUUCCAACAGGGAGAGGGCUAGGUCCGAGCCAUUCUGAGUACCCGCCAGCCCCAGGAUCACUUGAGAUACCGAUUCCUUCCCGGUCAUCUUCUUGUACUGUCCUAGUCCCUGCACCCUCACUAUUCCCAAUCCCAGUGCCGAAUAUCUUUCAAGAAUACGAAACACUGCGCCCCGGCAAACAUAUAUGCCGACGACUCGCAGAAAGAGGUCAGUCCUUCACAGUUACUUUCCAUGACUUGUACGCCACGGUAUCUUUCGAUAUUGCCCAAAGUGCUGGUGAUGAGCGGGGCACCACACCAUGGGUGCAGAUUGGGUUUCUGGAGUCUACAGAACAGCCAAAGCUUAGUAAUGACGGCAACAAUGCUAUCUCCCUAGAAGAUAUCCCAGAAGGUGCUGAAGUGACGGCUACACGUGGCGUGGGUGACCCCCAAACGGUGCUCUAUGUCCAUUGGAAACGGCAGGCCAUUUCUAUUCAAUGUAUGUCACAACUCUGUGAUUCAAGUUGUCCGCCAAUUCUGCUCUAGAAAUGUAGUUCAAGUGUUAAUAGACAUGCUACUUGAAACAAGCAUGGAUGAGUAUGCACGUCCUGACAUCCUGCGAUGCAUUUUGGUACCUUUAGACUUUUAGGGUUGAGUAGCGGUCAAACAGAAUGAAUAGGUGAGGACAUUAACUGGUAAGAUUACUUACGGAUCCAUCUUUUGUUACGAGAAUUGGAUUCA